AUUUGUUGACGUUUCAUUUUCUAUUUACAAAAACAAAGACAAAAGCACAGGUGUUGAGUGGGCAAAAUUAUCUGCAAACCAUUUACCAAUCAAAAUUUAAAAACAAACAUGGAUUUAACAAUAUUAAUUGGUAUUGCUACAGCUCUUUUAGUAAUUCUCAUAGGAAUGCUUAUUUUCCAGAGGAAAAAUAAUGCAGGCACACCUGACAAACCAGCUCAACGGGGAGUGCCUAUACGAGCACAGGAAGGCGUUCCUAGACGAGCACAGAUUGCUCGAAAUCAGCGUAAUCGCCUCAGACAAAACGCUGCAGCAAUUGCAGUAGCAGGGCAAGCAUUAGACAAUGCUCAAGUCGCUAAUGAUGACAACGAAGAUGGAGAAGAUGACAUCCCAUCUGGGCAAGCUAUGGAUGAAAAGAUGGGUGCAAAGAAGCGUGCUAAGAUGGAAGCAAAGGAACAGAAACGUUUACUGCGCGAGCAAGAAUUGAAGCAGCGCGAAGAACGCAAAGAGAAAGAGGCUAAACUGGAAGCCGAACGUAAACAAAAGGAGGAGCGUGAAGAGGAAGCUGAACGUAAGGCAUCAGAGGCCGAGCGUUUGGCACGGGAAGAACAUGAACGCAAAGAACAUGAGGAAUAUUUAAAGAUGAAAGAAGCUUUUAAGAUCGAGGAAGAGGGUUUCGAAGAAGCGGAAGAUUCCGAGAAAGAGAAAUUACUGGAAGGCUUCAUAAAGUAUAUAAAGGAAAAUAAAGUAGUUGUGCUAGAAGAUUUGGCAAUGGAAUUUAAGUUAAAAACACAACAAGUGAUUGAUCGUAUACAAGACUUACAAGCCAAUGAUACACUAACUGGAGUGAUAGAUGACCGAGGAAAAUUUAUCUAUGUGUCGCAAGAAGAAUUACUUGAGGUAGCAAAGUUUAUAAGACAACGUGGACGUGUUUCUAUAGUAGAGCUGGCUGAAAGUAGUAAUAAUCUUAUAAAUUUGACACCUGUUUCAAGUGCUUAAAUGGUUAAUUUCAAAAAUUUUACAUCAAAUUUAGAGUAAAAACUCCUUCACUUGACUAUUGCUUUAGUGGGUAUUGAACAAAUUUACGUAUCUCCAGUUAAAAAAUUAUUUUAAUACUUACAAUAUAUAUGUACAUGCGCGAUAAUAAAAAAUAGACUUUAAAAUGCAGAAUAAUUUAUUAAUCCGACAUUUCUGCGUCGUCAUCCAUAUCCAUUU